AUGCUUCCCAUCCGGGAGAUCAAGCCCAAAAACGCCCGCACAAAACGCUACCUCGACGACAAGGGCCCCCAAAAUGUCGAAAACCCUCGCACCACGCUCUUCCUCCGCUACAGCUCCGCCUCCGAAAUCAUCCAGCUCGUCCUAAAAGACAUCCACUCCCUCAAGCGACCGCUCUGCAUAAAGUUCGACAAGAAGAACACGAUCCACCCCUUCGAAGACGUCUCUUCGCUCGAGUUCUUUUCGGAUAAGAAUGACGCUUCGCUCAUGGUGUAUGCGAGUCACAGCAAGAAGCGGCCGCAUGCGCUGACGUUUAUGCGGUUUUUCGACUUCAAGGUGCUGGAUAUGAUGGAGUUGUUGGUGGAUGUCGAUUCCUUCCGCUCGCUGUCGCAGUUCAAGAAUGCAAAGACUGCCGUGGGGCUGAAGCCGCUGCUCGCGUUCUCCGGAAGCGCAUUCGAGUCUCCCACAGCGAACGCAUACACUCUCGCGAAGAGCAUAUUCCUGGACCUGUUCAAGGGGCCUGAUGUGAGCAACGUGGACGUGGAGGGACUGCAAUACAUGAUACAUUUCUCUGUGGACGAGGAGGAGAACGAGAGCGUCAAGCCGAUGAUUCACAUGCGGUGUUACUUGAUCAAGACGAAGAAGAGCGGCGGUACUCUACCCAAGGUCGACGUGGAAGAGAUGGGCCCAAGGAUAGAUUUCAGAGUAGGGAGGAUCAAGGAGGCGGAUCCGGAGAUGUGGAAGGAGGCGAUGAGGAGGCCGAAGAACUUGGAGCCCAAGACGAAGAAGAACGUCGAGACCGACCCGAUCGGCGACAAGAUCGGCCGUAUUCACAUGGGCAAGCAAGAUCUCGGCCAACUGCAGACGAGGAAGAUGAAGGGCCUCAAGCGGAGUCGAGAUGUCGUCGACGAGAACUUCGACGAUGCCACGGAAGGCGCCUCAGAAGACGGCGGUGUUGCGGUGGAGUCGGACAAGAGGGCCAAGCUCGGCGAAUGA